AAAGGGAAGGGAAAGGAAAGGAAGGGAAAGGAAAGGAAGGAGGGGAGGACGGAAGGAAGGAAGGAAGGAGGAGCUGAGGCGGCCGCGCACGGACCGGCGGGACCCGCCACGGGAGAUCCUGCGCGGCUCCCGCCGGGGCCGCCAGCCAUGCGCACGGCGGGAUGAAGCUGCAGGCGGUGCUGGAGCAGCUGCAGAAGCAGCAACAGCAGCAGCAGCAACAGCAGCAGCAGCCGGCGGUGUCCAUGGAUUGCCGGGAGCGCCGCCGGGAGCCGCAGGUGCCGUUCCCGACACCGCCGCCCUUCCCCGGGCAGCCCCGCGCCCGGGGGGUGCCCCCCGCUGUCCCCUCCGCUGUCCCCACCGCGGGCAGAGCCCCCGCUGCAGCCGGCCGGCCCUUGGAGCAGAGCAGCGGCAACUCUGAGGAGGAGGAGGACGAUGAAGAGGAGGAGGAUGAGGAGGAGGAUGAUGAAGAAGACGGCGCCGAGCUGGAGGAUGGCCCCGGGGUGCCCGGCCAGGAGAGCUGCUCUGCCCUGCCGUGUUUCCGCGCUCCCAAAGGUGCCCACGCCAAGGGCAGAGCGGGCUGCGGUGCCAGCCCCGUGGCGGGCACCCAGCAGGGCAGGGAGGAGCCGGGCACAGACCCCGCCCAGCGCUGCGCAGCCCCCGCGGGCCGCCCCGGCUGGCGCCUGGACGAGCCGCUCAAACAGAACGGCGGCGGGAGCUGGAGCGACGAAGGCGACGCCGGCCGGGGAAGGGAAAUCUCCCGAGACUUUGCCAAGCUGUACGAGCUGGACAGCGACCCUGAGAGGAAGGAGUUCCUGGAUGACCUCUUCAUCUUCAUGCAGAAGAGGGGGACUCCCAUCAACAGGAUCCCCAUCAUGGCCAAGCAGAUCCUGGAUCUCUACAUGCUUUACAAGCUGGUGACAGAGAAGGGUGGGCUGGUGGAGAUCAUCAACAAGAAGAUCUGGAGGGAGAUCACCAAAGGCCUUAACCUGCCCACCUCCAUCACCAGCGCCGCCUUCACCCUGCGCACACAGUACAUGAAGUACCUCUAUGCCUACGAGUGUGAGAAGAAGUCCCUGAGCUCCCCGGCCGAGCUCCAGGCCGCCAUCGAUGGCAACCGGCGCGAGGGCCGGCGGCCCAGCUACAGCUCCUCGCUGUUCAGCUACUCCCCAUCGCCACCGGGGCCUCCUUCCCUGCUGUCCCCCCCCAAAAUCCGCUUCCCCAUCAUCGGCGUGGCGCCGGGCAGCGCCACCGGCAACCCCCGCGUCUCACCGGCCCUCAGGAAAGGUGACGGCGUGCCCCUGACGGUGUCCAUGCCGAGCCGCGUGGCCGUGCCGGUGACGUUGGGUGGCCAGCAGGCCACGGUGGCAGCCAGGACGGCCACGCUGGAGCAGCUGAGGGAGAGGCUGGAGGCAGGAGAGCCCCCGGAGAAGAAAGUGCCGCGCAUGACGGAGGAGGAGCAGCGGCUGGUGCAGCAGGCCCUGCAGCGCAACCUGUUCAGCAUGGCCCGGCAGCUCCCCAUGAAGAUCAAAAUCAAUGGGAAAGACAAGGCAGACUCAGCAGCGGCGGCGCUGAACCUCUCCCCGAACGGCAUCGGCAGCAUCAACAUGUCCGUGGAGAUCAACGGCACCACCUACGCUGGGGUGCUGUUUGCCCAGAAGCCCGUGGUGCAGCUCCUGGCCGGCUCGGGCACGCAGAGCUCGUGCAGCAGCAGCUCCAGCAGCUCCAGCAGCAGCUCCAGCAGCUCCCACUGCUCCCCCAGCCCUACCUCAUCGCGGGGCACGCCCGGCGCAGAGCCCUCCACCAGCUGGUCCCUGUGACGGGCACUGCCCAGGAGUGCACACAUACCUCACCUCAAAGAACCUGCUCUCGUGGCUGCACAGCACCUGGAGGAUGAUGAUGGUGGUGGUGGUGGUGAAACCUUUCCAUGCCAGCGAGUUUUCCUUCAUCGUCUUUGUCCAGCCUUUUUUUGGCUUUGUUCCCCCCCCCUUUCCUUCCUCCCUUUUGCUCUUUGGUUCCUCCUCCUCCUCCUCCUCGCAGGGUGUGUGGUGUGCCCAUGGAGGGGGGGCACACCUGGCGUUUCUCAAUCAGGGAUGGCUCUGGGGCCACAGCUCCUGGCCAGGAUGUCACCAGGGCAGGGAAAGGGCCAGGACUGGGGCGGGGAACCCUGGUUCUGCUGGGAACCCUGGUUCUGCUGGGAACUCUGGUUCUGCUGGAGCCCUGAUUCUCCAGGAGCCCUGGUUCUGCUGGAGCCCUGAUUCUCCAGGAGCCCUGGUUCUGCUGGAGCCCUGGUUCUCCUGGAAUCCUAGUUCCGCAGGGAGCCCUGGUCCUGCUGGAGCCCUGGUCCUGCUGGAGCCCUUGUUCUCCAGGAACCCUGGUUCUGCUGGAACCAGGGGCCACCAGGGCUCUUCCCACCCACAACUCCGUGUUUUGACAAUCCUGAGAGCCAGGGCGUGCCUGGCCCUGUGUUCCCAUGGCAAUCUGCUCAUGUCCCUUCCUGCUGUGUCCCCAUGUCCUCAGGGGAGGCUCCUGAGCCUCCCUCCUGUCCUCUCCACGGUUCUGGCACUAUCAGCUGCUCGGUUCAGCUGCUGCCACCUCACCCCUCGAGUCCUGAGUGUCCCUGAAGGUCCCUGAGGAGUGACAUUCAGGGCCUGGGCAUGCUGGGGUUCCAUGUCCUGCCCUGUGUCCCCAUAGCAGGGUCCCUCAGGUUGGUGCAGGCUCCCUGGAGCAGCUCUUGGAGCUCUGCAGGGCCGCGUGCUGGGCACAGGGCUGCAGGUGGGGUGGGUAAUGUGGGCAUGUGGGGCUCUGCCCAAACCCCCUGCCAUGGUACCUGAGCAGGGCAGGGAGGGGCAGAGCCCAGGGAAUCCAGCCCUUCUGGCCCUGGCUGGAAGCAGAGCUCCCUGUGAAUCAGAGCUCCCUGUGAAUCAGGUGGCCUGGUGCUGUCCCCCUGCCCCUGUGGCCUGUCCCCAUGCCCUGCCCUGGUGCCAUCCCUGCCAUCCCUCCUGCCCUGGUGAUGUCCUCCCCGUGCUGCAGGCCCGGGUCAGGUUUUUUGAGCAGAUGAAAUACCUCAGCUAUGUACUUGUUGGGUUGCUUUUGUUUGUGUUGGGUUGGGUUUUUUUUAACCUCUUCAGGAAGUAUUGGCAUAUCCUAUCGCUUUGGGGGUUUUCAUAGGUGGGUUUGCUGAAUUUGUGUUUGCUUUUAUUUCUGUUGGCUUUUAAACGGAUCACCAAAGACAGGGAGUUCAGACAAGGCUGAGCAGAGCAGCAGUGGCUUCCCCACCCUCCAGGAGCCCAUCCCAGGACAGUGCACGGCAGGACAGCAGAGCAGGGUGACCCUGCCCCUUGGAUCUGUGCAUUGUCCUCGCUGUGCCAGCCCCGGGCUCUGCCCUCCUGCUGCUUCCUGCACUGUGCUGGGGCUGUCCUGCCCCCGCAGCCCCCAGGGCUCUCUGGGAUCAGGAGGUGGGGAUGCCCUGCAGGGAGGGAGGGUAAGGGAUGCUGCUCCGGGUGUCCCCAGCUGCUCUCAGAGGGAGCAGGGGAAGCCGGCCUGACCCGCAGGCUCCUUUCAUCCUCACAGACUCCCAGAGGAUUUUCCAGCCUCUGGGACUCAGAUGAUUUUUUUCCCCUUUUUUCUGGGUUUUCUUUUGGUUGUUUUAUUUUAUUCUUGGGUGGGGUUGGGCUGUUUCCUCUGAGUGGGACUGGGGCACUUUCUGCUUUUCCCUCUGCUCUGCUCCCUGGCCCCGGGGGAGCAGAGGCUGCUCCGGGGUGGGGCUGCUUUGUCUCACUUGCUAACGUUGUGUUUUCUUGCACAGAAAGGCACUCGAAUCACUGAACUGCUUGGACACUACUAGAGUAUUAAUGUUUAUAAGCUUUACUCAACCUAGACUGGAACUAGCCAGGGACUAACAGAUUGUUUUGUAUCCAAUUCAGGGAAAGAAUCAGGUCGGGAAGCGUAACAGAUACCUCAGUUAAAUAAGCUGCAACAAUAAACCGGUCCUUUUCCCAGCCCGGGGUGACAAGGACCAUCCAGACUGUGAAGAGUUUAACCCUUUCCCUCAGCCUGGCUUUGGCCCUGGCAGCCUGAGCUGCGGGUCUCCUGCUGAGCUGCCAGGCUUUGGGUGCAGGGGGUGCUGGAAACCAGCAGCAGAGCGGGGGGGAGGCCGAGCGGGGCGGCCCCGUGUCGUACUCAGGGUUUGAUGCUGCCGGCAGGACGUUCCCGAUGGAUGAUGGGCAGUGCUCCAUCCUCCCCCAGCUCCUCACACCAGCCCAACAGCCCCGGGCAGCCCCCAGCUCGCUCCCCCGGCGCUUCCAGCGGGGCAGAGCGAGCCGAGCCUGCCCCGGGGCUGCGGGCAAGGCGGGAGGGUGGGCGGGCCGAGGGGAGGCUGCUGUGCCUGCCCCUUGCCAGGGGACUGCGGUCAGAUGUUCUCUCCAAACAGCUGCAGCAGCCUUGCUAACUAGUUUUCUUACCUAUUUAAAAGAGAAAAAAAAAUAAUAAAAUAAGUAAAUAAAAACAAAUGUGAUAGCCUAGGCGGUGGAUAAAUACCUCAACGUCUCCUUCCAACAAGUGUCUGUAUAUGUUGUUGUUGGGUUUUUUCUAUCUUACAGGUUAUCUGAAUGUUUAUAUUCCAAUAAACUUCUACCUCUUCACACCGUGA